AUGAAUAAAGCAUGGGAACAUUUGAAACUGAGCGUACGCAAUAAACAAGCAGCAUUAGAAGAAGCAUUGAGUGAGACCUUUAAUUUUCAUGGUCAACUGGAUCAACUUAUACGUCGCACUCGACAGUUAAAAAGUCGAAUGCCCCCACCAGGUGCACGCAUUAUGGGUGGUUUACCAGAUAGUGCACGUGAACAGUUACGUCGCUUCAUGGAAGUUUAUGAUGAACUUGUAAAAAUUGGAUCAGAGCUUGAUGAACUGCGUCGAAAUUCAGCUGCAUUGUUAGUUAAUCAGUCAGCAGCAGAGUCAUGUAAUCAAUUAACUACUAAUCUUGAACGUUUCUGUGACCAUUAUGCUCAGUUGUUAAAACAUGCUCAAGAUAUUCGUGACCGUAUGGAAUUAGGUUUAAAACAAGUCGAAGAAUUACAUGAUCAUUUAUCACAAAUGAUGCAAUGGCUUACACAAAUGGAACGUACUAUACUACAACAGAAACCAGUCAGUCGUAUUGUAGCUCGCCUUUUUCAAUUAAUACGUGAUCACACUGAAUUACGUAAAGAAAUUACUGGACAUCGUGAUGCUUUAAUUAAUUUAGAUCGUUUAGCAAGUCAAAUACAAUGUCAAUCACAAAAACAAGAUGUAAUAUUGGUAAAAAAUCUUUUAUCUAGUAUUCAUACUAGAUGGGAGCAAUUAGUUUCACGUAGUGCAGAACGUACACGUCAACUUAACACUGGUCUGAAGGAGGCCAGUAACUUUCUGGAUAACUGGACAUCGUUAACAGAUUGGUUAAAGGAAAACUUAGCUUCAUUGGAAGAAGAUGGUGAUCGUGUCGCUACAAGACCUGAGAAAGUCGCUUAUCAAUUAGCAUUACAUCGUGAAUUACAGCGAGCAUUAAGCACACGUACUGUGGCUUAUGAUGGAGUGCGUCGUUACGCUAGACAACUACGUGAUAGAGCACCAGUAUGUGAUCAUGAUGAAUUAGAUGAUAUGGUCAGUGAAUUAAAGCAUUUAUGGCAAGCAGUGUGUACGAAAGCCUUAGCGAGACAACGCACUUUAGAACAAGCUCUCUUGGCAGCUGGUCUUUAUAAAGAAGCAUUGGAAGCUUUACUUGAUUGGUUGAGUAAGAUUGAACCACAACUAGCUGAACAACAAACUGGAAACUAUGGUGAUGUGGAUAUUGUUGAGCAAUUGUUAGAAUCUCAUAAUCGUUUCAAAGCUGAGCUGGAACAACGUGCCACAUCUGUGAAAUUAAUACAUCAAGCUGCCAGUGAUUUAAUGAAUAAAGCUUCAUCUACUACUGACUCUGGAGCUGGUUCAUCAGCUAGCAAUCAAGCUGAUGUGUUUGCUAUGCAAGCUCAAUUAAAUCAUUUAUCCAAGAUAUGGGAUCGUGUACAGAAUUUAACUCAACGUCGAAGUGAACGACUGGAUCAUGCAUUAAAAAUGGCGCAGCAAUUUCAGGAUACAUGUCGAAGUUUAAUGGAUUAUUUUGCUGGUGCAGAACGUGUUAUUCAUCGUUUGGCUGCUUUACCCACCUUUGAUGAUGAUGGCGAACUGGAAAUUGAAAUUGCUGGCACUAACAAUCCACCAACUAAUUUAACAGAUGCAAUUACAGCUCAUCGACAAACACAUUCUAAUUUAAUGAAUCAAGCUGAUCGAGUUGAAGCUGCUUUACAAUUAGGAAAUAAACUUUUAUCUCAAGCUCAUCCAGCAGCUGUGAAACGUUUACGUCAAUGGGUUAAUACUAUUCGUACACGAUGGGAGGAGUUAACUUCAUGGUCGGAACAACGUGGAGAUCGUUUGCAAGAAGCUUUAGAAGAACAGAAUAAGCGUAAACUUCAACGUGAAGAACUCAUGCAAUGGAUACAUGUAAAAACGAGUGAAUUGAAAAGUAUUCCAACAUCAAUACCGAUAUCAUCAUUGUCAUCUUCAUCGACUAAUUUACAAUCAGCUAAAAGUAAACUAGACUCAAAUGAUUCAAAAUCAAUAGACUCCAAAGACUUAUUUUCCAUAACUCAAGAACGUAUUGCUAUAUCAACUAUAACUUCUUUAGCUCGCCAACCUAACGUUGUUGUCAAUAGUAAUAGUAGUAUAAAUAGUAAAGAUUUAAAACAACCUGAAGUUCUUACUGAUUUUACAACAGUUUUAAAUGAAAUAACCGAUUCAAAAAUCAUUGAACAAUUACUCAAUCUACAUAGUCAUUUAGAAGAAGAAGUGAAACAAAAACAACCUAUUUAUGAAAAUAUUAUAAAACAUGCUAAACGACGUACACCAGUUAAAUCAUCUCAUAAUAUUAAUAAUAAUAAUCGCCGAAGUCGUUUACCAAUACGACCCAGUGGUAAUCUAUUCAACCGUUCUAUUAAUACAGCAAAUCAACAACAUAAUCCAUCUAUAUCAAUUUUCACUUCACCGAAUAUUAAUCAAUUAUAUUUAAAUUGGAGAGAAUUAUGGAUUGCAAUGUUAACACGUAAAUCCCAAUUAAAUGAACGUUUAGCUUAUUUAAAUGAAGUGGAAAAAAUGAAAGAUUUUCAUUUUGAAUCAUGGCGUCAACGUUAUGUUUCAUGGUUAAGUACAAAUAAAGCACGUGUUAUUGAUUUAUUUCAUCGUAAAGAUCGUGAUCGAGAUGGUCGACUUACAAGAGCUGAAUUUAUUGAUGGUAUAAUAGAAAUGAACAAUGCAAGUCGAAAAAAAUUCCAAACAAGCCGUGUUGAAAUGGAAACAGUUGCAGAUAUAUUCGAUGCUAAUGGAGAUGGAUAUAUUGAUUAUCGUGAAUGUUUAAAUGCACUAAGAGCUAAUUAUGCUAAUUUAGAUAGAACAUCAUCAUCGAAUACUAAUGGUGGUAGUUCAUUAAGUUUAAAUCGUUUCGGUCCAUCGGAUGAAGAAACCAUUAAUGAUGAACUAAAACGUCAAGUUGGAUUGUGUACAUGUCAUAACACAUAUAAAAUUAAGAAAAUGGCAACAAAUAAAUAUCGGUUCGGUGACUCACAAAAAUUAUGUCUAGUUCGCAUCCUUCGUAGUGCUGUAAUGGUUCUUAAAAAUGAUCCAUGUCGAGCUUCUCAAUGGAAACCGAUUGGUGAUUUUAAUGAAGAUUUACACAGUUCAUCUGAUUGUGCGAUCGCACCAAUCACACCUAUAUUGACAACGCUUCAGCGUAAAUCCUCUUCCUUCGCCCAUCGUCUACGAUCAUCACCAACAUCACAAUAUAGUACAACGUCAGCCAGUUCAUAUGCAUCAUUGCCUACAUCAAAUCAUGACUUGAAUGUAGUUAAAAAUAACGAUGAAAAUGAUAAUACUAUCACUGAUAACACUAAUGCUAAUAGUAAUAAUAUUAAGUAUCGUCAUGAUCGACAAGCGAUAAUACCAUCUCGUCAUUCUGCUGCUUCAUUAUCUCAACCUCAUAGAAACAGUAUGCAUGGUGAAACAAUUUAUGAAAAAAGUGUAGAUGAUAAUUUACAUCAAAGGCGUGCUUCAGCAAUUUGUAUACCUUCCAUAAGUAACACAACACCUACAUUUUCCAAAGAAUUCAAUAGCAAACAAUCUGGUGUCAUUCAAUCUGAACAUUUACCUCUAAUAAGUAAAACAAUGUCUAAAUCUCAACUUGCUACAUCCUCACCUAGAAAUGAUUCAUUACCAACUGAUCCUAAUUUAAUUCGAUCCAAUACAAAAACAAAUAAAGAUUCUGUAACUAUGCCCGGUUCAACUUGUAAUAAUUCACGUAUAGAUAUGUUAUCAAAAUCUAAAAUUCCUUUAUUACAAACUAAUUUAAACACUGACAAUUCAAACUAUCAACAAUUGACAGAAUUAACUGACGUUACCGCUGAUGCUGACACCACAAAUGAUAAUAAUAAUAAUAAUAAUAAUAAUAAUAAUAAUAAUAAUAAUAGAUCUAUGUGA